GUCAUUGCAGUUCAACCAUGGCCAUGCAUCUCUUUACACUUCUUGGUGCUCUCUCAACUCUCACAGCUACAGGUUAUGCUCUCACAUGCACAAAGUGUAUGGCCUUGGGUGGAGAUUCCUGUACAGAAGGCCUCAAUGACACCUGCUCCUCUAACCAAGUCUGCAUGUCUGUCUAUACUGUUACUAUCUCAGGGGGAAAGCCAGGAGAUUUUUUAAGCAGAUCGUGUGGUUUACAAAGUCAAUGCAACAGAAUUGGAAGCUUCAGUAUUCCUGGUAAAGUCAUCAAGAUGGGCAUCACUUGCUGUUCCACAGACUUCUGUGUGCCAAAGCUUGCAAACCUGCCCAGUGACAAUACCCAAAAAAAUGGACUGAAGUGUGCUUCAUGUGAAACAGAUUCUGGACCUUGUCAAUCUGAUGAAAAGAUGGAAUGUAUGGGAACUGAAAACAAAUGUCUCACCCGAAUUUCAAAAACAACAGGAGGCUUCCCAGCUACAUCGUACACUUACGGUUGUACAACUAAAAGCAUUUGUGAUAUUGGAGAGCAUAUCAUAAGUUUUCCUACAUUCAGCAUCUCAGGACAAUUUAUCUGCAACAGUGGACCAGCAAUCGUCUCUCAUGGCAGCUUUUUAAUUAUGCUUUCUGUUUUUGCACUGCUGAUAAAACUGAUUUAA